UUCACAUCGGAAAUGUCCGUUGAUCACCAGGGUUUGGCUUUCUGUCUCACACUUCGCAGUAGCCUCUCGACGCUGAUCUGCUCUCGUUCCGGUGUUGAGGGUGGGGAAAAGGGCCGUUCUCUAUUGGAUGUGGGUAUGGAUGAGCGAGUGAUGCUUGACAUGAGGCUGUACUCAGAUGGGGCAGCAAGGGAUAUAUAAAGAGCUCUACGUUGGGAAAGAAAAUCAUCGUGUCACCUCUUCUUUAUCCUGAUCAUUCGCCACCAGUCUUUCAGCCUAUACUUCACAUCCAUCAUCCCCAGCGCAUUCAACCAUGUCUACCACUCAGCUCACUCACUCUGCCCUCCGAACCCUCGUCCCUCAUGAAGACAUCCCUCCUCUUACUCUCGGCCAGACCACCCGCGCGUCCUCUUUCGCAUCUUCUACCACCUCCACUUCGUCAAUCUACUCUCGGGCUGCCGAUGAUCUUAUUGACAGGUUCGCUACACAUCAGCCCCAGACGCCCAUUCAUCUUUGGUCGGGCGGUAACGUUCGACUUGGGAACAUGGACCUUACUCUCACCACGCACGAUGCUGAGCUGUUGAUGCACGCUAUGAAGGGCGACGAACGCGUGAGUCUCUACAGCUCUUGUAAACUGUUGAGUCAGGCGAUUGCGGCUGACGACGUCAUUGUAGUUCGAUUUUGUCAAGUUGAUUUUUUUGGAUGAGGAUCGUGAAGAGUGGAAGAUCUCCUUCAUGCGCUCUCAAGUCUCUUUCAUCAGCGCUCCUUCUUCUGUCUUUGAGUUCUAGUCGCUUUCUGAUACUAUACUUCUCUUCUUCUCAUUGACCAUUACUGUAUACUUCCUCUGUGGUGGUAAUCACUUUCUGUUGGCGUGCUCGGUCUUACAUUUCUUCUCGUUAACAGUCUGCAUAGUCGUAAUUUAAUCAUCAGUGAUGUUUGUAAUUUGUCGUAUGUGAUCAUCAUCCGCUUGCGACUUCGAUAUGUUGCCUACAGUAUCUCUGACAUUGCUUCUCUAAUUGUCGGGGUAUACUGGGUCAAGACUGGUGUAGGACGAGUAGCGUUCAUCGCCGAGCUUAUGUAGAAAUUACAGCAAUGUAGGUCUCGGUAUAUGAUACGAAGCGACAUGCUACAUUACCCC